CAAAUGUUUGCCCCAAAAAUUGAUCAAAAUGAAACCGUUAAUAGUUAUAUAGAUCUUAUCUAUGGCCCUUUAAUACAAGAUAAUAUAUUAGAGAAUGCUAAAGAUAAUGAUGAUUCAAGUUCCACAAGUGAUGAUAAUGAUAUUCUGACUGCUGGAAAUCAACGACACUUAAAACGUGCCUACCAACAAUUUAAGCAACAAAUAAAAUAUCCUCGAAUAAAAAAUUUCUCUUUUGCAAAUAGUUUUGACCGUGUACAACAACAAACACAAGCUGAAUCUCUUUUAAGAAACUUAUAUACUCAACUUAAACAAAAUUCAGCAAUUGGCAAAAAUGUUGAAGAGCAUGUAACAAAUUUAAAUAAUAUUAGUACUGAGGAUAUAUUUGCAAAAAUAUGA